AUGGACGAUACUGCUCCAACCCACGUUCCCAGCACUGGGAUUCCCCGUUCAAGGUCAACAAGAGAUCUGCCAACCAUCGCUCAGUCAGAGAGCCCUGUGCCAAGCCGUUCACCAGAAACAACUGAGGUGACCUCUGGAACAGAGCGUUCCGGUCAACUUGCGCUAGGUUUGGGGGUCCUAUCCUCGUGCGCAGGGGCUGAACCUCAUUACUUUGGCUUCUCAGCUGGUCUAAGCCUUGCGCAUUUCGUCCAGGUUGCCAUCGACUCAGGGGAAAAUCCCGUGGACGUGUCUCUACCUCAGCUCGCAGACAGACCCUUCUCUCACCAAUUGCCAAAAGACAACAUCACACUGGCCGAACCUCCCAAAUAUAAUGCAGGAGCGAGCUAUAUACGGGCUUACCUGGCAUUGGUGCAUCCCCUGUAUCCAUUCUUGAACGUGGAAAGGCUAUGGCAAUUGCAUCGUUCUAUCACCAAAAGACGAGGUGGUCAAGAAUCUGCUUGUACCGAACAGAUUGAUUUGACAAUAAUGCAUUUGGUAUACGCCAUUGGGUCCAGGUGCCUUCAACUACUUCAAAAGUCUAGCAUUUCGAGUACAGUUUCCGAGGGACAUUUUCUUCGAGCCAUGGAGCAUAUUCGUCAGGACCUCAAGUUUACGAGCACCAAGUCUAUCGAAGUGACGUUACUUCUGGCCAUCCAUUCGAUGCGCUCUCCUUACGGUAAGCGAAUCCUUACGAAAGUUCCUUUUAUUCCUGCGUCCGCUCGCUGA